GAUGAACCACGCUUCAGUCAGCUGUUCGCCAGCCUCGCGAGAGCAACCCCUUUUUCACCCUUCGCGCCGGCACAUCAACGUAUUCCUGGCAUCGCCCUACAGAGGAGGUAGGGGAAGGUGAUCAUGAAGUCACCAUGAGUCUUGUGACUCUGGUCUGGCUCAUAUUCUUAGCCACGUCCCAGGCCCUUCCGCCAGUCAUCAAAAUAGGAGCAAUAUUCACACAGGAGCAGAAAGAAAGCGCGACCGAAUUGGCCUUCAAGUAUGCAGUCUACAGGAUCAACAAGGAUAAAAAUCUUCUACCGAAGUCGACGCUCGUUUACGAUAUCCAAUAUGUUUCGAAAGAGGAUAGCUUUCACGCAUCGAAAAAGGCUUGUCAACAGGUUGGUGAGGGGGUGCAGGCGGUGUUCGGCCCUUCGCACCCCGUCCUCGGAGCGCACGUACACAGCAUCUGCGACGCCCUCGACCUCCCGCACAUCGAAGCCAGGGUCGACUUGGAACCGGCGACACGAGAGCUGUCAAUCAACCUGCACCCAGCACAGUCCUUGCUCAACGCCGCCUAUCAGGACGUGAUGGCUUACCUCAACUGGACCAGAGUCGCCAUCCUCUACGAAGAAGACUAUGGUCUCAUGAAAUUGCGUGAGCUAGUCCGCUCUCCGGAAGACAGGGACGUCGAAGUGCAUUUGAGGCAGGCGGACCCGAGCAAUUACAGAGCGGUGCUCAAAGAGGUCAAAAGCAAGGAGAUCCACAACCUCCUCGUCGACGCACGACCCGAAAAUAUCCGCUCAUUUCUCAAAAAGGUUAUUCAGCUUCAAAUGAAUGACUACAAGUAUCACUACCUCUUUACUAGUUUUGAUAUAGAAUCGUUUCAUCUCGAGGAUUUUAAAUACAAUUUUGUCAACAUGACGGCCUUCAGGAUGGUCGACGUGGAAGACAUGGCGGUUCGGGAAGUCCUUAAAGACAUGGAGAAAUUCCAGCCGCACGGUCCGUCCAUAUUCAACAGGUCGAAAACAAUCGAAUCGGAGCCUGCUCUUAUGUACGACUCGGUCGUAGUCUUCGCCAUAGGCCUGCAGACUUUGGAGCAGUCGCACCCUCUGUCGUUGGCGAACGUCUCCUGCGCCCUCGAAACCCCUUGGGACGGAGGACUCAGCCUGAUUAAUUAUAUAAACUCCGUGGACGUAAAAGGUUUAAGCGGUCCUAUAGAAUUCAAAGAGGGCAGAAGGAUCCAGUUCAAACUCGAUUUAGUCAAGUUGAAGCAACAUUCUGUCGUCAAAGUUGGUGAAUGGAGUCCCAACAUGGGUCUCAACAUUUCAGACUCGGCAGCUUUUUUCGACACCGCUUCCAUGAACGUUACCCUCGUCGUUAUUACAAUACUGGAAUGGCCUUUUGUGAUGAUGCAUAAAGGAAGGAACAGGACUGGCAACGAAAGGUUCUACGGUUUUUGCAUCGACGUCCUUAAGAUAAUUGCCAAGGAGGUGGGCUUCGAUUACAUAAUCGAGCUCGUCCCAGAUCGAAAAUACGGCGCGAUCCACCCGAUUACGAAAGAGUGGAACGGGAUCGUCGGCCACCUCAUGAAACACAAGGCGGACUUAGCCGUCGGUUCCAUGACGAUCAACUACGCCCGGGAAAGCGUGAUCGACUUCACGAAGCCGUUCAUGAACCUCGGGAUCAGCAUACUCUUCAAGGUUCCGACGAGCCAGGAAACGAGGCUGUUUUCAUUCAUGAACCCACUCGCAGUCGAUAUCUGGCUGUAUGUACUCGCGGCGUACAUACUCGUUUCAAUCACGAUGUUCAUCGUGGCUAGGUUUUCUCCUUAUGAAUGGCAAAACCCGCAUCCGUGCGAUGUAGACAACGAUCUCAUAGAAAACCAGUUCUCUCUAGCCAAUUCUUUUUGGUUCACGAUCGGCACUCUCAUGCAGCAAGGAUCCGACUUGAAUCCCAAGGCCACCUCUACAAGGAUCGUCGGAGGCAUAUGGUGGUUUUUCACACUGAUCAUAAUUAGCUCGUACACGGCGAACCUCGCGGCCUUUUUGACCGUGGAGAGGAUGAUAACGCCCAUAGAAAACGCGGAAGACCUCGCUGGACAGACUGAGAUCGCCUACGGAACGCUUGACAGUGGAUCAACAAUGACGUUUUUCAGGGAUUCCAUGAUUGAAACGUACAAGAAAAUGUGGAGAUUCAUGGAAAACAAGAAAGUUUUCGUUUCGACAUACGAGGAGGGUAUUAAAAGGGUGCUCGAAGGGAAUUACGCUUUUCUCAUGGAAUCGACCAUGCUAGAUUAUAUCGUACAAAGGGACUGCAAUCUGACCCAAAUAGGCGGCGUCUUGGAUACGAAAGGAUACGGAAUCGCUACUCCAAUGGGUUCGCCUUGGAGGGACAGGAUAUCCCUUGUUAUCUUAGAACUCCAGGAGAAAGGCGAGAUUCAAAUGCUGUAUGACAAAUGGUGGAAAAACCCUGGAGACACUUGCGUCCGAAAGGAUAAGAGUAAAGAGAGCAAAGCGAACGCUCUCGGAGUAGACAAUAUCGGUGGAGUUUUUGUUGUUCUUCUAUGCGGUCUUGCCAUAGCAGUCGUCAUCGCAAUUUGCGAAUUUUGCUACAAUUCGAAGAGAAACGCUCAGCUCGAGCGGAGAGGAGGAGCGCAAUCCCUUUGCUCGGAAAUGGCCGACGAACUGUGCUUCGCAUUGAGAUGCCGUGGUUCGCGGCAGAGGCCGGCUUUAAAACGCCAAUGUUCGAAGUGUGCUGAUGGUCCGACGUACGUUCCGGCCGUGCCGCCUGCACCGGGGCCACCGCAGCUUCCUCCGUACAACACUCAGCCACAGAGAUCCAGCAUGGCAAUUCCCCUAGACCUCCCUCAACCCAUGCACAUGAGCAUGUAACCGGACAUGUCACAAAGAUGUAAAUAUUUCAAACACGACAGGAGGACCAAUCGUCAUUGUGGGACAACACGCCGCCCGUUCCGCACUGAAAAAAACCAAAAGGAAACUGAAAGGUUUAUGGCAAAUAAUAAAACAAGUGUUGUAUACACAAGGAUUUCUGUUUUCUUUAAAAAAAAAAAAAGUAUUUGUGAUGUAGAACAAUCGCUUAUACUGUAAACGUCAAUUUUAAAAAACCUUAAGUGUUUUCACUGACUCGUAUGUUAUUUGUGAAGUGGUUGAUAAAAGUUCGAUCAGGUGAAUCUACGCAGUUUUGGUGUUUUUUGGUUGUGUAUUUUUUAUUUGUUUAUUUUUUAUAUUAUGAUGACGAGACUAAAACUGGCCGAAAACAAAUUUUUAAUUUAAUUUUUUUCAAAUUUACAACCGUAAAUCGUGGAUUUUACUGCCAUUAAAUACAAUUGAUAUAUCGCUGUUGUAUCAAUUAAUGUCCAAUUGUUAAUUAUAAAAUUUCUACGUUGUUUUUGCCGGAUUCGGUUUUUCCCGGUUUUCGUUGAAUGUUCGCAUAAAUGGAACGAGGUUUCAGAUUUCCGUUGUCAAUAUGAUAAUUAAUUUCGAAUAUAACUUACAAUUAACAUAAAUUUACGGGAAAUAUAAUUUCGAAUUGUUAUACUUUCAAAGAAUUGGAUAACCAAAAAUACAUUUUUCCUGGGGAAAAUCCCGUAAUCCAAGCCAAAAAUUAUUUCCUGGCGGUGUUUUUCUGGCCCAAUAUCACUUAGACAUUUGAAAAAUUAUGAUUAUAGUUUUAUUAAUAGCUUU